AAUAAACAAAGAAAAAAAAAGCACCAAAUCUUAAGAGACUUGCUUUUGCUGUGAACUUUCAAGCGUGUACGCUUCCACUCAACUUCCAUAAAGUCAAAGCACCAACUGCUCACCUCUGCUCCUGUAAUUUGGAUCUGAGUCGAGUCACUGCUAGCUAAAGCUCACUUGCAGUUUCUGGGAUUUUCAGACAGGUUUUGAAUUUGAUCAAUGCUGAGAAAUCAAAGCCUCAUAAUUCAGCACCUAAUUGUUUAUUUGGCCUGUCUCACUCCGCAAAACAGAACCAACCAAGUGUAAUUCAUGACCGCUACGGGCGAUUUUCGGAACAAUUGACUAGAAUAUCCAAGACCAUAAUAUGCCUCAAGACGGCCUGAGAUCAGCUGUGUACAGAUCAUUUGUCACAUGUGACGAUCCAAAAGGAGUUGUUGAUUGUGGGAUGAUUAGAAAAUCGAAAAGUGGUUCCCCGAAAACAGAGCAGAAGAAGAUGGAAAGUCGAAGAAAAUCGAAGAACUCGAGAACAAGUUUGGAUCACAAGGCUGAGAAGGGUGUUGUGAUCACAGGGGAGUAUCAGAGCCCUUCGGCUUUUCAGCUCAUGGAAGUGUCCAGAGGAGCUCAGAAGCUGAACCGCACGAUUGAUUCCUGGUCGAAUGGGAUUAGGUUUGAAGGGCAGCAGCCGAAGGACAUAGCGAAAGACUUGUUGAAGGGAGCUCUUGAUCUGCAGGAUUCUCUUGUCAUGCUUGGCAAGUUGCAAGAAGCUUCACAGUACAUGUCUCGCUUGAAACCGAAACACAAUUCUGUGAGGGAAUUUGAAAAGCCGCGGCAUUCUGCUGAUGGGUUUUCGAGGAGUGGAAAUGAAGAGCUUAAGAAGGUGAUCAGAGACAGCCUUGCGAGGCAGCAACUGGUGGAAAAUACAGAAUCUGUCGAAAAGGGGUAUACUUUUUUCCCUCGAAGAAAUAUGGAUUCGUGUUUGGAUACUCCAUCCAGUAGCUCAAGCCAGAGUUCUAUGUUUCACACCACUAGUGAUUCCACCAUUGCAACCUCAGCUGCUCCGCAGAAGGCGGGGAAAGGCCCGAGUCUGAUUGCCAAGCUCAUGGGAAUAGAAGAGUACCCCUCGAGAUCUUCGAAGGCAGCUCUGAAAAAACAGAUUGACGAGGGUGAGAAGAUUCUUUCAAGUCAGCAGAGACCUAUGUUUGACAUCGAUCGGCCUAAGGUUAUGAAGCCUCAAACUUCAGCUCAAAAUGUUGAUCACGAAAAUAGGACUUUGAGGGAAGUUCUUGAAACGAUGCGAUUUAAAGGACUUUUGAAAGGCAGUUCUAUGGAAGAGCAUAGGCCUGAUUUCCUUCAUUCCAAUCACUCGGAUUCCUCCCAAAGACUUAAUCGUGAUAGCCCUCCCAUUGUGCUUAUAAGGCCUCUUUCUGUUUCAUCGAUGGAACAGGAGGAACCUCGUGCGCCAUUGGUUCGGGGAGAGGAAGCUUUCUACACCAAAGAGAUGCUAAAAAGUUUGGGAACAAAAGAAGGAGCUUUGAAGUCUGAAAAAAUGCAGCAAAAGAUGAAAGCAGACGAUACUCCAAGCAAAAGGCUUGACCAGGAAGAAAGAGCUAAAAACCGGAAAGUGGCAGCACAGAAACCCGAGGAAAGAGAGGUCAAGACGAAAGAAAAGGCUUCGAGAAAGUUGAAAGCUUCUCAUCCUGCAGAUCACAAACCACAGAGGAAGGAGGCAAUUGACAAGAAGGUUGAUAAGAUCCAAAAGGUGACUGCUGUUAGCAGGAAUUCACCAGAGAAAGAUAUAGAGAAAUCUAAAAAUGUGUUGAAAUCUCAAGAUCUAGAUAAAUUGACAUCUGCAAAGGCAAGAAAGCAUGAAUCUGGAUCAAACAUCACAAAGAAUUCAAUUUCUCGGCAACCAAAUACUGCCACAAUCACAAUCUCGAAACGUUCAACUCAGAAUGUAGCGUCGAACUCAAACGAGCGGAAAAGGAAUCACUUGAGGAAGGAAAAGUCUGCCAAUGAGCCUACAGUAGCUAAAUCAGUUCAGACCAAAAAUGUUGUGAGUGAAGAAAGUGAGAAGAGAAUUAUUAUGGAUGAUAAAAGUGACGCUUCCCCGAUCAGGUCAAACGCUGAUCUUGCAGACGAAAACCCCAAGGAAGAAGAAAAAGAUGCCUGUGGAUCUCAAAGUGGAGGACAUUGCAGUAAUUUCGAAAGUUCUGUAUGUGAUGCCACACCACUGAGCCCUAAACAAGAAAUAGAAACCAAAAUUGCAGAAGAAGCUUCAGAACACAUGAGUCGGAGUGCAGAGAAUGGCAAAUCAUUUGAAAGUGCAGAAAAUUUCGAACAUUUUCUAUUGAGCAAUCCCUCAUUUCUUAGUCUUGCGGAGGAGCUUUUUGAUCUUAACAUGAACAGCCCUACAAUCUUACAGACAUCUUCCAUCUAUAAUUUUGAGGAAUCCGACAGAAGACUAUUUCUAGAUUGCGCAAACGAGCUCAUCGGGUGCAAGAGCGUUCGUGAUUCGCAAACAGUCAAUCUUCUGCUACUAACAUGUCAAGGCAAGCCAAGAAUUUGCAUAUCUGUGGACCAGUUGGUGGAGGAAGUGUGUUAUGGGAUUGAGAAGAUGCGAAACUACAGCAAGCUUACCGGUGAGAGGCUUCUUGCGGACAGUCUGUAUUUGAUGUUGGAGAGCGACAUUAUGUGCAGAGGAGUAGUGAACGGGACAUGGGAUUCGGGUUGGAGGAACGGAUUUUCGAGAUACGAAGUGGAGCAAUUAGUGAGUGACAUCGAGAAACUGGUUUUAGAUGGAUUGAUUGAGGAGGUAUUUGCAUAAUUUGUGGUCUACCAGUAUCAGACACAUGCAUAGUGUAUUUCUGUACAUAAAAAGAGUGCUCAGAUUACUGAAAGGGGAGUAGAAACUUUUGACUGGAAUCUUGAGCUAUCAAUAUCAUUGAUUUCUAACCUAAAAAGUAAAUUUUCCUGGUAUAUGUAGUGGAAGUAGGGAAAAUAUUUCUGCAAAUUCGAGUUGUAUCUCUCGCAUCGCAUGUAUUGAUUUUUGUAAUGCUACGUCAAAGUUGAAAUAUUUCUAGAUACAAUUUAUCGUCAAAAUUCAAAACUA